UCGGAUUUGAUCACGAUGUUUCAGGUUCACUGAGUCGCUUAUUGGCGCUUUUGAUGCCCAGUGCUCCGCGCCGCACCGCGUCACUGUUCGUAAAAAGAUUCACUUGGGCUGCCAGCCACAACUGCAAACGGUGAACACAGACCUUUUGGUUUCUCCCAUUCAUCGUCAGAGGCGUACUUGAAUAAGGUGACUCGUCCCAGACAAACGCAACAAUGGGAACAAUAAAAACCCAACGACAAAACCCAUCCUCAACACUCUUUGGAACGGGUUCGUGUCGAGACCUUUUUCUCUUUCUCUUUUUUUACACACUCUUUACCAUUUGGUGCUGGCUAACUGCGCGCCUUACUCGGGAGCACUACCUGCUUGCUCAUUGCCAUCACUGCUAUUCUAUGAAACAUACUUGUUAUCGAAUUGCAACAUACACAUCCCUUGCAGUUGACUAAUUGGAGAAGUUGUAUACAUAAAGCAAAGGACGAAAGGAAAAAAUCGUCAACCCCAGCAACCCGAACCAACUCACACUCUAAAGAUGAUAUACUCAAGGGUAGUAUUGCCCGGCAUCGCCCUUGCGGCAACCGCUGGCACAGCCUCUGCACAAGGGGCAGGCUGUACAGAAGAAAGUGGCAACUGGUAUUGCAGUCAAAUGGAAGCCAUCUCGUACUCAAAUUUCGGUACUGCUGGUCAGUAUCAACAAGUCACGAACAUGCAAGGAGGGCAAUGCGAUUUCCAGCCUGCCAGUUACGGAGGUGGAAUGGCCCCUUUUAAUGACGAGGUAUCGUGGCACUUCCGUGGCCCAAUUCAACUCAAACAAUUUGCAUUCUACAGCCUCGGAUCGAGUUCUUCAAAGACGAAGCGAUCUCAAGACCAGCACCACCAUCGGUCGCAGCACGUCGGAAGAUACGCCGCCCAUCGCCAUUUCCACCAACUCAAGCAAGAAAUCGCCGCCAAUGUAGCUGCAAAGGCAAAGCGCGACGAUGGAAGUAAUUGGACAUCUUGGAAGAAGCUCUGGACAGGAGGCUCACCGCAACCAGGCUCAGAUACUGACCCGGUGGGUGGAAAUGAUGCAACACCAUCAGGACCUAGUGAUGGAGUUGGUCCAGGUUCAGACGAUGGGCCUUCGACCCGCACUUGGACAGAGAUCGUUUUCGACACGGUCUGGGUGACGGCGACCAUCGAUGGACAAGUCACAUCCUGGCCCAACACUUACCCUGGCCCUGGUGCGACAUCAGGAUUUGCAACGAGCGUGAUAUCGUCUGCACAAUCAAGCACCGAUGCUGCCACCUCAGUCGUCCCAACCACACCAAUCUCGACGACGACGUCGUUGCCGUCCUCCUCGGAAGCCACCAGUGAUGGAGGUCACAGUUCUUCAAGUACAUCACAGGAAACAACUUCAACUUCAUCUCCCGCCUCAUCUACGGAAGCUACUACCACUGCUACCGUCACCACGACCUCCGACAACUCACCAUCGAGCUCCACGACGUCUACGACAUCCACGACAACGACAUCCCCCCCUAUGAUUCCCACGCCCUCCUCCUCAUCCUAUCCAACAACUCUCUCCCCAUCCACCACGACCUCCUCGGAGGUGAUUCCUACUUCCUCACCCACAGCCACUUCCUCCGAGGUCUUCCCUACCUCCUCGACGUCCUCUCUUCCAUCUUCAUCAUCCUCUGCAGGAAUCUCUAGCUCCUCGACCUCAAUACCAUCUUUUCCCUCCUCAUCGUCCUCUGCAGAAGUCUCCAGCUCCUCGACUUCAGAAUCGUCUUUUCCAACAUCCUCAAGCACCACCACAUCAAGCGCCUCAACCUCGAGUCCAACCAACGGUGGCGGCGGUGGGAGUGGCACUUGGACUCGCCAAGCAUAUUAUGACGCCGAAUCCGGCACUGCUUCAGGUCUCGUCUUCCUCAACCACUUUGGUGGAACAGGCAGCGGAGUAUUCGACUACACUUGGGGCAACUCACUCUCGUACUCCAACGCCGACGCCACCUCGGGCUCCUCGGGCCCCGUCACCCUCGCCGACACCCUCGUGGGCGACAAUCAGGAAUUCGUCAUCAUGACGGACAACGAGUGCACCGCCGAAAAUGAAGCGGGAUGCGACUACUACCGGCCCGGGUCCGUGGCGUACCACGGCUUUGGGGGUGCGUCCAAGUUGUUCCUCGCCGAGUUCCAGAUGCCCUUGUCAGGCAAGACGGGGUUCAACGCCGACAUGCCCGCGGCGUGGAUGCUCAACGCCCAGGUCCCACGCACGCAACAGUACGGCAGCUGCUCGUGCUGGCAGUCGGGAUGCGGCGAGUUCGACAUCCUCGAGGUGCUCAACUCGGGCAACACAAAGUGCAAGUCCACCUGGCACGGCGCGCACUCACUGGGUUCCAGUAAUUGGUUCGCUCGGCCCACGGACAAGACGGUCAAGGUCGCGGUCAUUUUGGAUGGGACGGGCAGCACUGGCACGGCGAGCAUUGUGAUCUUGGACGACAGCGUGAGUUUCGGUGACAGUGUCGACCCUACGAGCGUGAGUGGGUGGAUGAGUACGCUGUCGUCGAGUGAGAAACUUGAGACGGCAUUACCUUCGAAGUGAGGUCAGGUCGCGGACAAACAAUGAUCAUGACAUGCAUGGUUGGUACCACCAACCUUGAUUGGAAUUCCAUGCGAUGGGAAAUGAAAAGGAAAAAUCAUGAUGAUGGAUGACGAAAGAUGAUACCUCCUCACGCAAGUAUGCGGCGCACUUGGAUGAUUUUUGUAUGUGUGUUUUCGUCUUCCUAGACAGAAGGAGUCUUUCUCAGCGAUACCCAUGGGACUGGGGUGGAAUCUUACAAGGUUGAAGGCGUUCAUGGAGCAUAUGUCAUAGUACUGGUUUAUUAUUGAGUAUAUAGCACAGUCAAAAGGAGUACUACCGGAUCUUCAGAA